CCAAGUAACACAAUACACGGGCAGCCGCGAACAAAUGCUCGCCGAAGGAGUCUUCAAAUUAUUAUGUCACCGGCUUAGUCAAGUCACCCCUAAAGCCUAACAUGACUGAUAUACAAUUAUAUCGCGAUAACACGGGAAGCCUGCCCUAUUUGUCGCACUGGGCACAAAAGGAACCCGCGAAGCACAGAUUCAUGGCAGGGAAUACGGAUCACUGGGCAAAGAUGAAACAUAAGGUUGCCACAUUUUCCAUUCGAGACACCAGAGGAGAAGUAAAGACUUUCCACGGGGAUCGAAUGCGGCACGAGCAACAUCCAGACAAGAAGUCAGAGAAAAAACUCCUAAAGUUCCGACACGAAAUUGACGGGACCCUAAUGCGUAUUGGUGGGCCCAAUUUCAGCGACAUUCUCGUCAAAGAGCUACACGGUAAUUUGCCAGGAGACUAUCACAAGCCACGACCCCUGCCUCCCAAACUGUUGAGGACAUCGGUAAAUGCCAGGGCUAAAGAGGGACAUAUGUACUGGUAUAUGGAGAAGCCACCACCAAAGAAGGGUACGACCACGUUUGGCUCAGACAAAACCUUCCUUGGGCUGGGCAAAAGGUUUUUUCCCUGAUCAUGUUCUAAUCAGCUGGUUGGUCGCAUGGUCUGAUCACUGUUGCGAUUGAAGGAACGUUUCAUCGGUGUACUGUUGAAUCGUGCAUUAUGAUAUACAUAAAUUCAGCAAUAUUUUGUAUGCCAAGAAAAAAUGAAAAUAGGUAUUAAUAGAAGUAUAAGUUCUCAUAUACCAAGGAAACAAAGCAUGUUAAUACAUGCAUAGAAGCUUGCAUGGACUGUAAUUGUAGCAGAAUUGCAAAUUGUUCCAUGCUUUCGAUCAAAUGGGGUAAGCGAACGAGUUGGGGAAAGAAAUGAGAUCACACUCAGAAAAAAGAAACCUCUUUCUGCUUAUCCUCCGGCCCCCUUUCAGAGCCUGCUUCACCACAGGGGUGGAUCCAACCAUCUUUGAUGGGAGGGGGGUCAAAACUUUGAAUCAGAAAAAGCAAGAUUUACUCUUUACUCUAUAGCUUAAGUAAUCUGAGAAUUUUUUCAAGACGAAUGGAUUUUGAAGUACCUUACAUUGAGUAGUAAAUUGCGAUCCUGUCGUUUCAGAAGUUGUGGUCUAUAGGGACGGAGUCGAACCCCCGACUAGAUUCACCCCUUCAGUGUUCAGAAUCUGUUUUUCUUUCAUUAUGGGGUGAGGGAGCGACAGCUUUAUAUGAGAAGAGAUUAGGAGGAUUAAAUGUAGGAAUAAGACAGUACCCUUCCCGUUCAGACGUCAAUGACACAUUUAUUUUCCCUCCUCGCGCGUGGGCUCGUAAUAGGAGAAGAAACCAAAAGCAGACUCAGAUACAAUGAAAUAUAUGAAGUUCAUAUAUUUUGAACUGCGGUAUUAGAUACGUAUGAUGCACGA